CCCAAAUAAAAAAAAAUCAUUUUUCGUUUGGAAAAAAAAUUCUGCGUUCUCGAGUGAGUAGUGUCGAGUAGUAAAUUUGUAAAACUAAUGAAGUGCAGUUUAAUUAGUCGUAAUCAUCGUACGUUUGGUGUCGAUCGUUUAUGCGAGAAGCACGUAACUUGAGCAUCGUUAAUCGUAUUCGUUCGUGUUUGUGUUUCUUCUCGAGAUGAUGGAUACGAUCGCGUUGAUAGUGUAAAAAUUGCAAUUAAAAUUUCUCUCAAUGGCAGAAAAAAUCGACAUCGGUAGUAUCGAUUUGGGUAAAGACCAUCCCACGGAUAAAUCAUCAGGUAGUAUCAGUAUGGAGAGUACGAGGCCUAAGAGUGUUAGAGUCAUGCAUCCAGAUUGCAGCAGACCGAAGGCAAUACCGAAGAAGAGCAAAUUACCUCAAGCUAACAUUGAUAUCAAUAAAGUAUUCGCAAAAUGUCGAGACGAGAACCUGACGCGAUUAGAUUUGAGUAAAUCGAACAUUACAUGUUUACCUCACUCUGUGAAAGAUAUCACUCAACUGGUGGAGCUAUACCUGUACGGUAACAAGUUGAGUACGCUUCCAGCCGAGCUGGGGUACUUGACUAAUUUGCAGACUUUAGCUUUGAACGAGAAUUCGCUGACUACGUUACCAGAUUCGCUGUCGAUGCUGCAGUCACUUCGAGUGUUGGAUUUGAGACACAACAAGCUGAACGAUAUACCCGACGUAGUUUACAAACUGAAUUCGUUAGUUACGCUGUUUCUGCGAUUCAAUAGAAUACGAGUAGUAAGCGAGAACAUACAGAAUCUUACGAAUUUAACCAUGUUGAGUUUACGAGAGAAUAAAAUCAAAGAGUUACCGCAAGGUAUUGGUAAAUUGGUGAAUUUGGUCACUUUCGACGUAUCGCACAAUCAUCUGGAGCAUUUACCUAACGAGAUUGGAAAUUGCGUGCAGUUAUCUACGUUGGAUCUGCAGCACAAUGAAUUAGUCGAUAUACCGGAUACGAUCGGCAAUUUAGUAUCGUUGACGCGGUUCGGACUACGAUACAAUAGAUUGCAUUCGCUACCUCAAUCUUUAAGCAAUUGCCAUCAUUUAUUAGAAUUCAACGUCGAAGGCAACUUGUUGAGCGAGUUACCCGAAGGUUUACUAGCCAAUUUGACCGAAUGUACGAAUAUUACCAUAGCCAGGAAUAAAUUCACGUUGUAUCCGGCUGGUGGGCCGGCUCAAUUUACCGUAGCUGAGACUGUCAACAUGGAGCAGAAUCAAAUCGAUAAGAUACCUUAUGGCAUAUUCAGUAAAGCUAAAAAUUUACGUAAAUUAAACAUGAAAGAGAACGUAUUAAUCGCAUUACCAUUGGACGUAGGCAGUUGGCAGAACAUGGUCGAGUUGAAUUUAGCUACCAAUCAACUCACUCAGUUACCCGACGAUAUUCAAAAUCUACAAAACUUAGAAGUUCUUAUUUUAUCGAAUAAUUUACUUCGUCGAUUACCCAACACCGUUGGUAAUUUAAGAAAACUCAAAAGUCUAGAUUUAGAAGAAAAUAAGCUGGAAUCGGUGCCGCAGGAGAUCGGCUAUCUGUCAAGUUUGCAGCGUUUGAUUUUGAGCUCGAAUCAGUUAACGUCUCUGCCUCGUACCAUUGGUUUUCUUUCCAAUCUGACGCAUUUGUUUGUCGGCGAAAAUAAUUUGUACUCGUUGCCGAGCGAAAUCGGUCUCAUCUCGAAUCUAGAAGCGCUUUACGUCAACGAUAACGUUAAUUUGAUUAACCUCCCAUACGAACUAGCAUUAUGUAAUAAAUUACAAAUUAUGGGAAUUGAGAACUGUCCGUUGUCACAAAUACCAAAGGAAGUGUUGAUGGGCGGACCGACGUUGGUUAUAAGGUAUUUGAAAAUGGAAGGACCUUACAAACACGACUGAAGAAUGGGUUUUAGGAAAAUGCUUAAUCAACGUUUAAUAAAACCGUCGUCUUCGUGUAAUUGACUUAAUUAAACGUUCCAGUUGGAUUUCUUUUCUCGAUGCAGGAAAAGAUUUCACACGUACGUUUUUAUCGGUUAUACGUCUUUUUCUCCUGUUUGUGAAUGUAUAUUUUUUUUUCUUCUUUUUUAUGGUUACCGUAAGAUCAUCUAGGUUACCGUUUUGUUAUGUGUGUACAAUUUUAGCCUACCUUUGAAUUUCUCUUUUAUUGUAUAGUUGAUCUUUUUUUUUCUUUCUCUUUUUUUUCUCGUAAUUUUAAGCGUUAGAUUGUUAAUAUCGAUUAUACAAACGUAUCAUUUAAAAAACAAAACGCUCUAAGUACGCGUAAUUAGAAGAUUAGUUAUAAUUCUCGCAGAAGAAAAAAAAACCUAAAAAUUACCUAAAGCACAACUAUUAAAAAAAAUUCGAAUCAUCUCGCGCGCAAAUUCUCGUUACAUACUCUUCCUACGCAAACAGUAUUUAUUUUUAUUAUUUUAGAACGUGCGGUUAAUUUUUGCAUUUAUUUGAAACGGCCUGUGCCAUCUGCAAUUUUUUUCCUCUUUGCAUACAUAAAGAUAAUCUAGUCAUAGUUUAAAUGAUAAUCGUACUAUAUAAUUGCAGCGUAUAAGCAAAGGUUUGUUUUUUCGAUCAAUCGAGAGGGCAAAUUUUAUCACCUUAUCGCUGCCAAUUGAUGUGUAAUUCGUGGUAAAUUUAUCUUAAUGACAUAAUUGGGUGUGACCCGUGACUUGUAAUUAACCAUAACAACGAAUUUUUUUUUUUUUUGAAGAGCCGCUCUGUUUAAGAUAUUUUUAAAAAGUGAUUAAUGCUGAAUUUUGAAUGGCGCUUAUGAAUCCCCUUCUCUCUCUCUCUCUCUCUCUCUCCUAGAAUUACUAAAGCAGGAAGUUUUCAAUCCGACGAUCAAUUCUUUUCGAGUGUUCAUUUACUAUACACGAUUUCGUCGAUGGAUAUGAGGUCAUGGUAACGAUGAAAUCAUUUUUUAUUAACGUCUUACCAAAUAGUAGUAGUAGUACAUGCGAUGGAAUUUGUGACGUCGUUGAGGUCAGAUUAUUGGUGACACGAAGGGAGGAAGAGGUCGUGUAGGUUGGAAAUUUUAUAACGAGUAAUUAACUUUCGGAGUUAUUACGAUUCCUUUUGUAAUUGGAAAAUUUUUACGAUUUUUCACGCUAUAGCGAAUUAACUAUCGAAGUGUGAUGUUCUAUUAAAUUGUUCCAUCUUUUUUUCUUCGUCUUUGGUACGGAUCUUCGUCGAGUUACCUGUAUUGAUAGAAAUGAAUACUGAUGUGCUAUUGUUUCUCAAAAAUAUUUGUGAUGGGUGGCUCAAAAAAUUGUCAUUUUCAUGCCUUUGCCUAUGGUACACAGACAGACCUUUCAGUUUAUUCAAUGGGCAUGUCAAAGAAAUCACAUUCGAAACAAAACGUUAAUUUUUCAACAGACACCCUUUUUUUACCCAUCAUAAGGAAUUUCUUUUCCACUGGCUUUGAGUAUCCCCAUUUUAUGCAUUGAUUACUUUAAAACUGAGAUGGAUUUUUAAAGCUCAAAUAAAUUGUAUGUCUCUCUCAUCCUUGAAAUUUUCAAUUAAUGAGGUGGUGGUUCCAGUUGGAAAUCUUACAAAUCGUUAGUAACUUCGAAAAUAUUCACUAAAAAGUUCUCCAAGUUGAAUUUUAAAGGGAAAAAAAUGAUGAAAAAUUCUCUUUGAUGGUUGCUAACAGGAGGAGAAAGGGAGGGAAUAAAAUCCAUCCAGCAGGAAAACUCCAGCUAAACAAUUCGAAAUCGACUAAGAAAUUCUAUCUUGAGUCAAGUUAUAAGAUGCUGAAAGGAAAAGCUCUACCUGUUUGCCUGUGAGCAUAAAUUCAGAAAAAUUUUAUUGUAUUUUUAUUUUGCUUUAAAAAUUUCUUUGCCCUUUCUGAACUUUUGAUUUCAGUGAAUGGAUUUUGUUUUCUCUGAUACAUAGUUGAUUAAAUCAUUUUUUCAUCUAAAGGUCACCAAAGCCUCUAAAAUUAUUGACAACUUUGACAUCAUGCCAUACUAAUUCAGUGAAAAUUGCAGCAUAGGAAAACCCCUUUGAAUUGAUUGGUAAACAUAACCAAUGUUUGCUAUAACAAGAGAUGUUAUUUUUAAUAUUUUUUUUUUCAAGUGAGAAUUUUCCAGUUUUCCUCGAUGGUUCAGUGAUGCUUUCCCAAUUUUCAGUAAUGCAUCAGUGAUUUUUAGUGAUGUUUUAUAAUUUUUUGAUCAUGAUGUUUCUCUCAUUUUCAUGACACGUUACAGCAAUUUUUAUUUUUCGUGAUGCUUCACUAGUUUUGCCUAUUGUUUCUCUGAUUGUCAGAUAUGUUUUCUCCAUUUUUAGUGAUGUUUCUCUGAUUUUCAGUGAUGCUUCAGCUUUACUGAUUUUCAAUGAUGUUUUACAAAUUUUCAGUGAUGUUUCAUAAAUUUCCAAUCGCUAUUUCUUGUUUUACUGAUAUUUUUUUUGUGACACACUGAAUUAAUUUUCAGUGAUUCUUCACAAGUUCUGUUCAAUAUUUCACACAUUUUCAAAUUUUCAGUGAUGUUUCAUAAAUUUUCAAUUGUUAUUCAAUGUUUAACUGAUUUAUUUUUGUGACACGCUGAACUAAUUUUCAGUGAUUCUUCUCAAGUUCUGUCCAAUAUUUCACUGAUUUUCAAUUAUGUUUUUCAAAUUUUCAGUGAUGCAUCAGCAAUUUUCAGUAAUGUUUCAUAAAUUUCCAAUUGCUAUUUCUUGUUUUACUGAUUUUUUUGUGACACACUGGACUAAUUUUCAGUGAUUCUUCACAAGUUCUGUUCAAUAUUUCACUGAUUUUCAAAUUUUCAGUGAUGUUUCAUAAAUUUUGAAUUGCUAUUAUUUAAUGUUUUACUGAUUUUUUUGUGACAUGCUGAACUAAUUUUCAGUGAUUCUUCUCAAGUUCUGUCCAAUAUUUCACUGAUUUUCAAUUAUGUUUUUCAAAUUUUCAGUGAUGUUUCAUAAAUUGUCAAUUGCUAUUUAAUGUUUGACUGAUUUUUGUGACACGUUCAACUAAUUUUCAGUGAUUCUUCAGAUCUUCACAAAUUUUGUCCAAUGUUUCUCUGAUUUUUGAAAAUGUUUUCUCAAUUUUCAGUGAUGUUUCUCUGACUUUCAGUGAUGCAUGGAAGCAAUUUUCAGUGAUGUUUCAUAAAUAUUUUAAAUAUCUAUGAAACAUCAUUGAAAAUUGCUUCCGUGCAUCACUGAAAGUCAGAGAAACAUCAAAUAUUUUGUGGUUAAUGUUUCACUGUUUUUUGUGAUACAUUGAACUAAUUUUCUAUGAUGCAUCAGUGAUAUUCAGUGAUGUUUCAUUAAUUUUCAGUGGUCAAUAAGUUAAUGUUAAAUUGAUUUCAGUGAUGCUUUACUGAUUUUGAAAAUUGUUUCAUCUAUGUAUUUUCACCAGUUUUUCUGAUACUUUUUUGAUGUUCAAUGAUGCUCAGAAAUUUUCAGUGAUUUUUCAUUAAUUCUCAGUGGUCAAUAUUUUUCUAAUUUUUGUGAAAAGUUUCAAUAAUAUUAAUGUAGUUUUGCAUUUUCAUCAUAGUUUCACCUGUUUUCACUGAUGCUUCACUAAUUGUAGUGAUUCUUCGUCUGUUUUCAUGAUGGUUUUUCAUCGAAUACUGUCAGUGAUGUUUCAUCGAAUACUGUCAGUGAUGUUUCAAUCGAUUUUCAAGAUGGUUUUGCUAAUUUUCAGUGUUGCUCGACUUAUUUUCAAGGAGUCAAUUCUAUACCAAUUUUCAGUGAAAAAUGUGAUAAUUUUCACUAUUUUACAAGUUUUUUGUACUUUUUCGCAAAUUUUCAGUGAGGUGUGACCACUUUUCUGAAAAAAAUCAGUACUUGUUUCACUGAUUUUCAGUGAGUAAUGUUUCACGUUUCAGUUUCUCUGAUUUUUGUGAUGCUUUUCACUGAUUUUCAGCGAUGCUUCUCUACUUUUCGGAGGAGUUUCGCUUACAAUGUUUCCCGAUCUUGUUUCAUUAGCGGUCACUUGUUCAGUGAUGCUUCACUCAUUUUCACCAACAAUGUUUCUCAUCACUUUUAGAAAAAAAAUCAUCUUUUUUCAGGACGUGUUUCACUAAUUUCUAGUGAUAUUUUAUCAAUUUUAUGUGAGAUUUCGCUGAUUUUCAGGGAUGGUUCGUCACUUUUCAGAAAAACUUCGCUUGUAAUGUUUUCCAACAUUGUUUUAUCAAUUUUCAGUGAUCCUUCUCCAAUUUUCAGAAAUGUUUCAACCAUUUUUGAUAACGUUUCACUACUUUUCUAAUAAAAUAAAAAAGGAACAUAAUUUUUCAGCACGUGUUUCACUAAUUUUUAGUAGGCAAUUACGAAUCACUGACUGAUGUUUCACUGAUAAUUUUUUGAUGAGUAUCGCCGAUUUAUGUGACAUGUAUGAACUUUUUGUGGAAAAUAUUUCACUUUCAAUCUUGUUGUACUAGUUUUUAAUGAUGCUUCACUAAUUUUCAGAGGGGUUUCGUUUCAUCACUUUUUGAAAAUGAAAAAUGAAAAUUCGCGUUUUCAAGUUUGUAUUUCACCGAUUUUCAGUGUAGCUUCGUCAAUUUGCGAAGAGAUUUGAUCAAUUUUCAGUGAGUGAUAUUUCAUUGAUUUUCGUUGUGAUGUUUAUCACUAAUUUUCAGCGAAGCUUCACCGACUUUCAGUGAUGCCUCAACUAGUUUUUCAGUAUUAUUUUACCAAUUCGUUUUUAGUGAUGGUUCGCUAAUUCUUAGUGAAAUUUCAUUGAUUUUCCAUGCUAUAGAUCAUCGAUUUCUUUUCAGUGAUCUUCUACCAAUUUCUUCCUAUGCUGCAAUUUUACAAAAUUUCUGUGAUUUUAAAUAAUAUUGAGAUUUUUAUGAAUUUAAAUUGUUAUUUAAUUUUUCAAUAAUGAUCAACUACUUGAUACUUUUUCCUCCAUCGUUCUGUCACCACUCCAUAGUUUCAAGAAUGGUUGAGAAAUUGUUCAACGUUCGAGAAAAAUUUUAAUUCCUGGAUUUGCAUUUUUUUUUUUUUUUUUUUUUUUCUAUUCUUCAAAAAGAAUUUAGUGCGUAGAUCAGUUUUUUAAAAAAUAGAAAAAACUUCUAAAAUGAUCUUAUUUUUGAUUAGUAUACCUGAACUUAUCCUGCAUUAUGCAAAACUAUGUGACUAUCGAGUAAUUUUUGUUCCAUAUCAGAAAAAAGUACAUGAAGGCCUAUUCAAUACCCUACCUACAAACAAAAUACCAUAUUUUUACACAAGUUUUACACUUGUUAUAAAUCAAAAUUUACGUCUUCCAUUCUUAUUAUUGGUAUCAAAGAUCAGUUGACUAGGAUUUAAAAAAUCGUAGGUUUUAUAAAUUACCUAUACCAUACCUACUUUUUAUAAAUUAUAAAUUCUUACGAAAUGCUAUAUUAGUAGAUGAUUAGUCAUUUUCAAAUUUUGCUUCCGUAUUAGUUCUAUUUUCUAUACGCAUUUUUCUACAAUUGAAAAUAUUUUUUUAAACUCUCAAUCAAAAUAUAACGAAAUAUACGAAGCUUCCAUAAUAUGAAAUUAUGAUCACGAUAUAUACGCGAGUCUUAUCAUGUUGCAUUUACAAAAUAUCUGUAUUUUUGAAUUGUGAUAUGCUUAAAAAUAAUAAUACAUUUACCUACCGUGUGAAAUAUUAAGUAUACUAUAUAUGUUCAUUUAUGUAGAUUAUUUUUUUUUUGUUCUUCGUGUGUUUGUGUGUAUUUUUAUUUUUUCCGAUUUCAUUACAUUACAUAGUUUCAUUCCGCACAGUCAUUCUAAUUUCCUAUUAACUAUGUAUGUGUUGCGUGUUUCUUUUUUUUAUUAUUAUUAUUUUAAAACCAAAAAAAAAAGUAUUUAUUUUACUGGAAUUAAAUACCUAAAUUUAAUUAGUACCUAUCGAAUGAAAAAAAAAGAAUGCGAAAUGUUGACAAUAAUUAUUGGUUGUAAGAUGUAGCAAGGUGCCUAGUACCUAUGUAUCAAAAGAGUGUAUCUUUUUUUUUAUAAAAAAAAAAAAAAACGACACGAUGAUUUUGUUUUAGUAUUAUACACGUGACGAAUGAUUAUGUUGGUCUAAUUUGGUAUUACAUAGUAUGAAUUUUCCUAGAUGAUGUAUACAUUUAUCGUGUCUGUUAUCUCUCAGAAUGUGUGUUAACGAAGUAAAAUAAAUAAAAAAUUAUUCUAUUUGGUA